UCUGUCAAGACAUCAUAUUCACAAGGAGUCGUGUGUCCAUCAGGGAAGGACGUUUUACACUCGGAGCAACAACCCGGACAUUCUACUGACGAAUCAUGUCAUCGGAUCUCGAGAAUGCAAUGAUAACCAUCGUAAAGAUCUUCCACAAGUACUCCGGGAACAAGUGCAAGCUGAAAAAGGUCGACCUGAAGGAUCUUAUGAAUAACGAGAUGAGCCAGUUUAUCUUGAAAAUUCAGGACAAGGAUACCCUUGACAUGCUAUUUUAUGAUCUGGAUGAGAACGGUGAUCGAGAGAUCGACUUCCAGGAGUUUAUUCCUCUCAUCGCCAUGGUGACCUCAGCAUGUCACGAUCUGUUCAUGAUGGAGCACGAUCAUUGA